AUGGCUCCUCCUCCGCCUGCAACCAUGCCUCUGGCCGAGAGGCUGAAGACCUUGGCCCAAACCCUCCAAUUCGCCUGGUUUGUCGGCCACUUGACCCUGCUCAUCUCAGUCUUUCGCUAUACACUCUCUUUCAUCUCCUUCAACUACUAUUCCUCCGCCGCCCGGAUCUCUUACCGCCUGGCCUUUGUCUCUGCCGCCGUGACCUAUGGAAUUGUCGUCUACAAGGGUCACUUUGCGCGAGGUGUCUCCGGCAAUGUGUCACAGAUCAUCGUCAAGCUCAUCUCGGAUGAGAAUGUGCAGUACUUUGGAAUGGCGCUUGUCUGGCUCUACUCCCGUCAGCUCGUGCUGGCUCUCCUUCCCUUCAGCGUCUACUCGGUCUUCCACGUGGCGACUUACACCCGUACCUACCUGAUUCCCACCGUGCAGCCUCCGGUUCCCAACCCCUCGGGACCCGCCUCGCCCACCUCGGGCAAACCCGCCACGAAGCAGAGCCCGCUCGCCGAGACCAUCGGCCGCUUCAUCAAGCAGUACUACGAUGCCAGCAUGGGUGUGGUAGCCUCUCUUGAGAUCCUGCUUCUCUUCCGCCUCAUCAUCUCCGCCCUCACUUUCUCCAAGGGAAGCUGGGUCCUGUUGGUCAUCUAUCUGGCCUUCUUCCGUGCCCGUCACGCCCAGAGCUCCUUCGUUCAGUCGGCUGUGCGUCAGGGCUGGGAAGGCUUCAAGGGUGUGGUGCGCCAGGUCUAUGAUGCCACCAACUUGGGCCGCUACAUCUCUGGUCCCGCGGCCGCCAACAAGAAGCCCCAGUAA